UCGGUGGUUUUGUUCUCCACACCCGAGCAUUUUGAACGUGUCGCAUCAUCAUGACAGGAACCCGCGUAACCGUAAUAUUACCAGAGCCUCCAUCUGAGUCCAUCGCCAUCUUCCACGGCCGGAAGGUGCGUCCCCCGGCCCGGGGGUUUAUCGCCCGCCAUCUGGGAUCUGGGCAUCUGGCGCAUCUGCCUGCCUCCCGUGUCUAGAUUCCGGACAACGAAUCUAGGACUGGCGGAUCUGGUUGUCCAUUAGCUGUUCUCACUCCCUCAGCUGCAGACCCUACUCCGCAUUGGUGGCGGGAUCUGGUCGCAAUGGAGUCCCUUGUCAGCCUGGUGGAUACGACGCUUUCCUCCACGCACAUGGACGCCAUUGACGCCCUUCGAGCUUUUUUUCUUUUGGCGUCGUGUACGAUCCUCUCCGCCAGCAUCCUACCAGACUCUCUUCACUCACGCUUCGUUCCUUAUGGCGCUCGUGCAACCUCGUCGGCGUCCUCGCCCCCGGCGUCCUCGAACAGCUCCCCGGCAGCGCGCAUUCUGGACUAUGUGGCCUCCUUGACAGUCCCUCACAGCUACUUCACGCAGUUCUACGUGGUCUCCGUGUCAGCGUCCCUCUUCUGGGCUGCGCAGCUUCUCUGUCAGGGAGCUGUAUUCCAGGCCUUCUCAUCGAGGAUAAGUCCGGAGCAUCUGGAGAAGUCUAUGUCGAUACAACAGGUGUUUCUGUGCUGGGUUCUUUUGCUCAUUCAGGGGGCGCGGCGGUUGUAUGAGUGCAACGCAUUUUCCAAGCCUUCAUCAUCCAAGAUGUGGUUCGUUCACUGGCUCGUAGGCCUUGCAUUCUACCUGACAGUGUCCAUUGCCGUGUGGAUCGAAGGAGCAGGCGUGCUGCGGUCUCAUAAACUGGACCUCGACGACAUCAAGGUUACGAUAGCUCCCUCCCUCCGCACCUUUGUCUGCAUUCCUAUCUUCCUGCUGGCAUCAGGCAUCCAGCAUGAUUGCCACCAUUUCCUCUUCUCCUUGAAGAAGUAUACGCUUCCCACUCACCCGGCGUUUCGCCGGAUCGUGUGUCCGCAUUAUACGGCCGAGUGUGUGGUGUAUCUCUCACUUGCCCUGCUGGCCGCUCCCAAGGGUGAGAUCGUAAACAAGACCCUGUUGUCCGCUCUCGCCUUUGUCGUGAUCAACCUGGGCACCACCGCUGCCAACACGAAGCAAUGGUAUCUGCGCAAAUUCGGCGCGGAGUCUGUGCGGGAGAGAUGGAACAUGAUCCCUUGGGUUUACUGAUUAUGUAGGGUGCGCCGACCGCCCAGAAACCUCAUGGUAUUCCCCAGUUUGGCGACUUUGAGCACGUCGCGAUAAGUCAGGCUUAUCCUAGUCUCCCUCUCCAGCCAGCCGCACUCAUAUCUAUCUGGCGCCCUCAACAAGUCCCAGUUGCAGAUGGAUUCCGCGCCAAGCCCGUCAUC